AUGAAGAUUAAAAGUAUUGGUGAUGAGUCAAUUCACAACAUUUGUAGUAGUCAGGUAAUAUUUACUUUAAGCAAUGUUGUGAAAGAGUUAGUAGAAAAUUCUAUUGAUGCAGGAGCUACAGAAAUAAAAGUAAAAUUAGUUGAAAAUGGAAUAAAAAUAAUAGAGGUUAGUGAUAAUGGAAAUGGAAUAAAAAAAAUAAAUUUUGAAAAUGUAUGUGCAAGACAUGCAACUUCGAAAAUUUCCGAAUUUGAUGAUAUACAUAAUAUAUUGGAUACUCUUGGAUUUAGAGGAGAAGCUUUAAAUUCGUUAUGUAUGUUAAGUGAUUUAUGUAUUAGUACAAAACAUGAUGAAUUUGAACAUGGCUAUUUAUUAAAAUUUGAUAAAUUUGGAAAAUUAAUUCAUGAAGAGCCAAUAGCUAGAUUACGAGGGACUACAGUAAGUUGUGAAAAUAUAUUUAAAAAUAUUCCAAUACGAAAAAAAGAUUUAAUAAAAAAUAUAAAAAGUCAAUUAAAUGAUCUGUUAACAUUGAUGCAACAAUAUGCUAUAAUAUAUCACGAAAUAAAAUUUAUGAUUUUUAAUGUUGUUACCCAAAAAGGAUGCACAAAAAAUAUGAACAUGCUCAUAACAAAUGGUAGUGAUGAUAUAAAAAAAAAUUUUUAUUCAAUUUUUGGAAAAAAAAAUAUUGGUAAUUUAAUUGAUUUUAAUAUUACGAAUGAAAAUUGGCUAGUCAAAGGAUAUAUAAGUGAUAGUAAUAGUGGAAGAAGAGAUAAAGAUUUACAAUUUUAUUACAUGAACAAUCGACCUAUACAUGUAAUAAAAAAUGUGAAUAAAAUAAUUAAUACUAUAUAUAGAGAAUUUAACAGUCGGCUUUAUCCAAUUAUUAUAUUUAACAUAUUAUCUGACUCAAAAAAUAUAGAUAUUAAUGUGACGCCUGAUAAAAGAGAGGUUUUUUUUACUUUUGAAAAUGAAUUGUGUGAAGAAAUAAAAACAGAACUAAUUAAAUUGCUAACUCCAAAAACGUCAAAUUUUGUUGAUACACAAAUAGGUGACUAUUUUUUUGUGAAAAGCAGUCGACUUAUAAAAAGUGAGGAGGCGCAAAAUGAGAGACAAAGUGAGAGAGCGGAAAUUGAGAGAACGGAACAUGGUGAGAGAACAGAAUAUGGGGAGAGAGCGGAACAUGGGGAGAGACAAAGUGAGAGAGCGGAAGGGGAAUAUACAAACGUAGGGCGGCCCGUGUUUGAAAAUGAAGAGUUGCAUUAUACUAGCAUCGAUUAUAAAAAAAUGGUAAAAAAUGAGUAUACAGAAAAUGAAGAAAAUGAAGAAAAUGAUAAGAUAUUUAGAGAAGAAGUGAGUAAAAAUGAGGAUACUGAGAAUUUAUAUUUUAGUGAAGGACAAAAUAAGUAUGAUAACAAAAUGGCCAAUCAAAAAGAUAACAAUUUUGAAGAUGCAGAAAAAAGUUAUAUUAGCAAUGGUAUAAAAAUAAAAACAGAAUUUGAAAAAUUUGAUGACAAUGAACAUAAUGAAUAUACAUCAAAGAGAACAAAAAUUGUAAAAGAUGAACAGGUAGAAUAUUAUGAAUACAAAUAUGAAGAGGAUACAAAUUUUAAUGAUAAAAAUAUUUUUGAUAAUUCGAGCAAUAUGGAUUCAAAAUGGAAAGAAAUAAACUCAUCACUUAUCGACAGUAAAGACGGUAAAAUAUUAAGUGACGAUUCAAGUGUAGAUAAGACCAAAGUAGAUGUAAAAAAAGACACUUUUAGUAAAUAUGGGUUAAAUAAAAUAGGAAUCAAAAAAACGGGUUCAGAAUAUGAUGCAAUAAAAACAAAGGUGACAAAAGAACAAAAUGAAAGUGAAGAUGAGAUAAAAGAGAUUGAAAAUGGAGAAAUCGUUUAUGAGUAUAAAUUGGAUGACGAAAAUGGGGGCGAAACAGGUGGGGGCGAAACAGGUGGGGACGAAAAAGGUGGGGACGAAAAAGGUGGGGGCGAAAAUGGUGGAGUCGAAAAAGGUGGAGUCGAAACAGGUGGUGGCGAAAAAGGUGGAAGCGAACAAAAUGAGUACUUAUUUGAAAAGUUGAAAGAAAAUAUAAAAAAUAAUAUUAUUAAAAAUAUUCCAAUAAAUAUCAAUACAUAUAUUAACAGAGAAGAUAUGAAAAGAGGGUUUGAUUAUGAUCAAAUUAAUUUAAUAAAUUUAACAAAUAGUGAGAAAAUUCGAAAUACAAUUUUUAAAAAAAUAAAAGAUGUAGAGAAAGCAAAUAAUUAUUUAUGUUUAACAGAUGAAAAAGAAGAAAAUAAAUAUAAUAAUUUAUUUAAAAAUGAUUUACAUAUAAAACAAAAUAGUAACAAUAGUAACAGUAGUAACAGUAGUAAUAAGCCAAUUAAUGGUAUUGGAAAUGAAGAAGACAUAAAUUUUGAUAAUAUAGAUGAACAAAAAAAAGAUUUAUAUUUUAAAUCUAAUUUAUUUAAAAAAUUAAAAAUAUGUGGACAAUUUAAUAAAGGGUUUAUAUUAUCAAAAAUCGAUUUGCUUUAUUUUAAAAAUGAGGAUAAUAAAUCAAAAAAUAAUGAUAUGAAUGAAACUGACGAAAAUGAAAAUGUUGAUCGUAAAAAUAAUUAUGCUUUAUUUAUUAUAGAUCAACAUGCUGCUGAUGAAAAAUCAAAUUUUGAAAAAUAUAACAAAAUAUUUACUAUGAAAUCUCAAAAGCUAAUAAAUAAAAUUGAAUUAGAAUUAAGCCCAGCUCAAAUUCAUAUUAUUGAAAAAAAUUUUGUAAUUUUUUUGAGAAAUGGGUUUGAAAUAGAAAUAAUUGAAGAACCAAUCAAUAAAAAAAGAAAAAUAAAUAACGAUGAAAAUAAUGAUGAAAAUAUAAUUAGUGAAGAAACGUUAAUGGAAAUGAAAGUAUAUUUAUUAUCUCUUCCUGUUUUUAAUGGAAAGAUUUUAGAAGUAGUAGAUUUUAUGUCUCUUUUACAUCAUCUAACCAAUCAUCCUAUAAUAUUUGAUAAACAAAUAGAUAAUUCAUUUUUCAGAAACAAUCAAAAAUUAAUUGACAACACAGAAACUUGGUUUAACUACAAUUUCCCUCGCCCACAAAAGGUUUGGAAGAUUUUGGCUUCCAAGGCGUGCCGAAACGCAGUUAUGGUAGGAAAAACGCUAAACAUUUCAGAAAUGAUAAGAAUAAAAAAAAAGUUAAGUGUUUUGCAAAAUCCAUGGAAUUGCCCACAUGGAAGACCGACAAUAAAAUAUAUCAUUAACAAUAUUGAGAUUCAAAAAUUUUAUGCAAAUUAUUAUUUAAAUUUAUAUGAAGAAAUUACAAAUUUAAGAAAAAGUAAAAAUUAUCAAGAGUACAAACAUAUUUUUCGUGAUCAUAUUUUUUUUUUAAUUAUAUCCACAAAACCGAUGCUUGGCCCCGUUUUGAAAUUUCAGUGA